AUGACAACCAAAUUCGGAUUUCCAUUUGAUUCCGAUUCAACGGUCAAUGUUCGUUAUAUUUGCCGGAGUUGUAACAAUCUUCUGAACAAACCAAAACAAGUUUCUUGUGGCCACCGUUAUUGCUCAGAUUGUCUGGAAGAACUUACUAAAAACAAACCUGAAAAUAAUAUCUGUCCAAUUUCUGGAUGCGGUCAAUUGCUCAACUUAGAUGAUAUAUUUUAUGAUCGUGCAAUUGAAAAUGAAAUGAAAAAUAUCGAUAUUGUUUGUUACAAUAAGGUGAAUGGUUGCUCAUGGCGCGGAAAAUUUUCGCAAUACCAAGAACAUUUAAAUAUAUGUGAAUAUAUUGCCUUCAUCUGUGAUUCGUGCGGUAUUACAUUUACAGAUAAAACAAUGUUUGUACAACAUCAACAAACAUGUCUAAAAGCUAUUAUUUCAUGUCCUCUUUGGAAAUUCGGUUGUGACGCAAAAAUACUUCGUGAAACAUUACAAGAACAUAUUGACGCAUCUACGGUUGACCAUUUACAAAUGAUUGCUGAUCAAUUGACAUCAUUGAUAGACGCACAAAAUAAUUUUCGCUAUCAACAACAACAACAACAACAACAAGAUCCUGUUUUAUCUCUUCCGUUCAAUCAACAAGGACAACAAAAAAAUUUAACAUCAGCAACGUUAACAAUGACACAAAAUGCUUCCAUAUUAGCAUUACAAAAUGAUUUGUUAAAACAGAAACAAUUAAUUGAACAAUUACAUAAUGAAAAUAAAUCUUUGUCGUUAAAAUUAAAACAACGGGAUGAUUUAUUAAGUCAAACGCGUGUCGACUUGAAACUGAGUCAAGCGGAUUUUUUGGAUUUACGUAAAGAAUUUGAAUUAUCAAAAACAUUCAUUCAUGAUAAUGGAAUAUAUCUGUGGAAAAUAGAACGAAUCAAUCAAAAAUUAAACGAUGCUGUAAAUGGUAAACAGAUUUAUAUCAAUUCUCCAGUAUUUUAUAGUUCAAUAAAUGGGUAUAAAUUAUGCACGAAACUCUACUUGAAUGGUGAUCAAAGUGUUCGUAAUACACAUUUAUCAUUAUAUAUUACAGUAUGUCGAAAUAAAUAUGAUGAUUUACUUGAAUGGCCAUUUAAAUAUCCGAUUACAUUUUGUUUAUAUGAUCAAAGUCUCAAACGUGAGCAUAUAUUAAAUACAUUAACGCCCGAUUUACAAAGUGAUUCAUUUAAACAACCAGUUUUAGAAUCGAAUAAAUCGGGCGGUAUACCGAAAUUUUGUCCACUUUUUAAAGUGUUUAGUAAAGACUAUGGUUAUGCAAAAAAUGAUACAAUGUAUAUAAAAACUUUUAUUGAUUUUAAAUCGUAUCCACAAACUAUUUGGCCAGAAUGGGCAAAAUUACAGAUGAGUGGUUUUUCAGAAUAUGCUGAACACCAAAGAUUAGCAGAUUUUCUAUCAAAAAGUCAGCAAUAA